UGAAAGGCAGGGCCCUCACUUCCUCUUUCUGAGCAGCACAGGGUGUCACCAGACAGGAGCAGUCCUUGCCGGGGAGCCUGAAGCAAACAUGGAUCAGGAAACCGUGGGCAAUAUUGUCCUGUUGGCCAUUGUCACCCUCAUCAGCGUGGUCCAGAACGGGUUCUUUGCCCACAAGGUGGAGCAUGAAAGCAAGACACAGAAUGGGCGGAGCUUCCAGAGGACGGGAACACUUGCCUUUGAACGCGUCUACACUGCCAAGGUCUCCAGCAGGCUUGCAGCCAUGCUGACCCACCUUGACCGUGGCCCAGUGAGACCCAUUUGGACUUCUGACCUCCAGAUGAUUUGUCUUGUUUUAAGCCCCGAUGUUUGGGGCUACCUGUUCAGCAGCCGCAGAAAACGCAUGCAGUCACCCUGCGCGCUCACACGGCUGCGCCAAAACUGUGUGGACGCGUACCCCACGUUCCUUGUCGUGCUCUGGAGCGCAGGGCUGCUCUGCAGCCAAGUUCCCGCCGCCUUUGCUGGCCUGAUGUACCUGUUCGUGAGGCAAAAAUACUUCGUCGGCUACCUGGGGGAGAGAACUCAGAGUUCUCUUGAGUAACAGAUUUUCCAGGGACCAGCAGGAAGAAUGUUGCAAAAAUAGGACGCACGAACACUCAGAGGACGGAGCCUGUGAAUAGAGUCCCCGUUGCAUGGCUGAUGGAGGCUGCCAGACGGAAAGCCCCAGAGCAGCAGCUAUAACUUUGGCUACACCCGGUUUGGGAAAUCCGGAUUUCCAUAAAAUAAAUGAGGAUACUUACAGGAGACAUGUUAUAGUCUGCCACCAGUUCCUCAGAAUUCUUGUUAGAAUAUUAUUUAUUUAUUUAUUUUUUGAGAGAAAGAGAGAGAGAGUGAGCAGCAGAGGGGCAGAGAGAGAGGGCGAGGGCAAGAGAGAAUCCCAAGCAGGCUCCGCGUGGCCAGCGCAGAGCCCGAUGUGGGGCUUGAACUCGUGAACCGUGAGAUCGUGACCUGAGCUGAAAUCAAGAGUCGGACACUUAACUGAUUGAGCCACCCAGGCGCUCCCACUUCUUUCGAAUUCUUAACGUACCAGCAGGGCUCCAGGAGCCAGGCGUGUGUUCUGGGAGGCUGCCGCCUGCCCGAGUGGUGAUUCCAGCCCUCCCCUCCAUUUUUCUCCCUUGUCUAGUUUCACGUCCCCCCCUGUCUCUUACGAUAGCACCCUCCUCUUGCGGUUAAUGGGCUCUCCGUUUAGAUAACAUCUGCAGCGGUGACAAAGGCAUUGACAUCCCAGGAGGUUGGCAGGUGAAAGCAUUCUAUCUGGGGACCUUGGGAGCCUGUGAAACUAAAUGGCUGGGGGCCGGGGGGUGAUGGCGAGCUGCAGCCAAGAGAAGAAUGACUCAUCUCUCAGAGAUUCUUUCCUGGGCUCGUCUGCUAUUCAUUCCUCUCUAGUGGGGUUCUUAUUUACCCUUGAAAACCACAGUUCCAUUAUCUCUCUUACCCUUAUCAACACUCUCAUAAAUGAUAUUCCUCAUUCUCUUCCACUCUGGAAAGCCUCUAUUCCGCCUUUUCCUGGGAGAGCACCUGUUGUCAAGAAGUGAGGGAUGGUGGGGUGUCUAUCAGUAAAAUAAGGGGGUUCUGCUCUCUUGGGCUGCCUCCCCGUGCAUCCCUGUCUUCCUCCGCAGAGUCUCCGGGGUCUGGCCCAGUCACUGUUCUCUUUGCCUGUCACCUCUCGCCUGAGAUCUUAAAGUUGCUUUAAUUCUAAGACAAUCUGUGGAGCAUGACAACAUUUGUUGAUUUGCCCGUAGGCUCUCUGCAUUUUAAAGGUAAUCACUGCUAGGGAAUGAACCGAGGUGGCAAAAAAUAAUAAGAUCUAGACUUAAAAUCUUAAAAAUACUAGACUUCCCUGGACCUCAUUAAAAUGUAAUUGGCCUAACGUCUUAAAUCCUGUCCUAGUCUCCCCCGUGAGAUUCCACUGGCCCCUUUACCACUGUCUGUGGUGCCUUCAGAGCCUUCUCACCUGUCCCACACCCACAGCCUUCAUUACUCAUCCAUCACGGUGCUCCUUCCUGCUGAGACCAAACACGGCCUCACAAUACUUCUGAACACAGAGUUCGGAGCUAUUGGCAUCAGGAGAAAUGACAUCUAUGGGAUGAAAUGUCUAAUCCUAAUCUGGACCGACAUAUAGUUUGAGGUAGAUGCAACCCCGAGAGCCUCUAUGGCUAGGUCCAAGAGGAUUUUCAAUUCUGCCUUCUGGAAACUAUGUGCUAAUACCCUCUUCCGCCGUGGACCCCCUCUUUCGGAUCCCCACUUCCAUCCCUGGGCCAUGUCGCACUUGUUCUCUGCAGAUGCUCUAAUGGCCAAAUGUCUUCGGGAUCUGCUUUAGUUCUUGGGCUCACCAUAGAGGAAGAUACUGCUCAGGGAGACCCUCCCAGGAAUUUCUCCCGGGGGCUGUCAGUCAUCUUUGCUCCUCCCCAGAAGUUGCUUUGGCCCUAUCCACAUCAGAAGUUCUAGUGUCAUUUUGGGUGCAGUGGGUGGGCAUGACAUUCCUUGAUGUGUCUCCCCCACCGAAGCUUCUUCCUUCUGGAAUUUUGGAGCCCCCACCUUUGUCCCUCCUAGAAGCUUAUGGCUCUGAUUCUCAGCCCCACAUCCUACUCCCUGACACUUUUCUCCCUGUUUUGAUUAGGUAGUUUGUAGCAUCUCAAACCACGUGAAUUUCAGGGGCGCCUGGGUAGCUCAGUAGGUUAAGCGUCCGACUCUUGAUUUCAGCUCAGGUCUCAGAUCUCAGAUCUGAGGGCCGUGAGAUCGAGCCCUGUGUUGGGUUCUGUCCUGACAGCAUGCAGCCUGCCAGAGAUUCUCUUUCCCUCUGUCUCUCUGCCCCUCCCCCGCUCACUGUCUGACUCUCAAAAAAAAAAAUGAAUUUUAGUUUCUUCCCCUUUCAUUCUAAGCUACUAUCGGGACCCAAACUCAGCGGCAGUUGGCAUUAUAUUACAAGACUGCUUGCCUUUUAUCAUCUACCUUUACUUGACUUUUUUAAAAAAAAUGUUUAUUUAUUUUUGAAAGAGAGAGAGAGAGAGAGAAAGAGAGAGCAUGAACAGGGGAAGGGCAGAGAGAGAAAGAGACAUAGGCUCCAGGCUCUGAACUGUCAGCACAGAGCCCGACGCGGGGCUCGAACUCACGAACUGUGAGAUCAUGACCUGAGCCGAAGUCGGACGCUUAACCGACUGAGCCACCCAGGCGCCCCUCAAGGCUGGUGUUUCUAAAGUGCAACCCACCAACCAACAACCAAGUGCACCAAGAAUUGCCUGGGGGUGCUUGUUAAAAAUAGACAUUCCUGGGCCUCACCCUCAACGUACCAAAUCAGAAUCUCUAGGGGGGGAGCCUGGGAGUAUGCAUUUUAACAACUUCUGCACACAGUGUGGGAAUCACUGAAGGCUGUUCAUGCCUCUUUUCUAAGAAUGAUUCAUUUGACAAAAAUCUCUGGAGGGCCUGAUUUAUUGGAGAUAUGUGGGUGAGCAGAGGAACAAUAUCUUGUUCUCAUGGGCCUUACAAUUUUUAUUCCCUUUAGAAGUUACUGGGUUUAAAGUGGUAUUUCCUUUCUGAAAAGAACAGAAUUUUAAGGCCAGAUGGGACCAUGCAGUUUUCUUUUUCCACCCACAUUUUAUAUAUAUUUUUAUGUGAGGCGGGGGAGGGUCAGUGACUUGCCCAAGGCCACACAGCAGGGAGCGGGGGCUGGAGCUCAGGGGUCCUGGUGCCUGGCCCCAGCUACACCUCACACCACACCUCCUCCUCCUUGAAGUUUUAGGCACAUUCGAGAUGGGAAUUGUCUGUCAUAAUGCCUUUUUGAAUUUUUUAUUUUAUUUUAUUUAUUUUUGAUAGAGAGAGAGCACAAGUUGGGGGGCGGGGGGAGCAGAGAGAGAAGGAGACAGAAUCUGAAACAGGUUCCAGGCUCCGAGCUGUCCGCACAGAGCCCGACGCGGGGCUCGAACUCACAAAUUGUGAGAGAUCGUGACCUGGGCGGAAGUUGGGUGCACAACCGACUGAGCCACUCGGGUGUCCCUGUCAUAAUGCCUUUUUGAUGUUUUCACGUAGGUUUGAUGCUGUGUGUGUGUAAAAGAGGGGGGAUACAUUUAUUUCAAAACGUAACAACAAAAUCCUAGUCUCCAAAGGAGCCCUCGGGAAGGUAGACAGAGCAGGACUGUGGCCUCACCCAGACAGGUUUGAAUUCCCACUUUGCCUCUUCCUGGCUGUGUGCCCUUAGGCACAUCAUUCAACCUGUCUCUUCUCAGUUUCCCCACCUGGAUAAUAGGUUACCAAUACCUCACAAACGAAGUCACAGAUAUAAAAUGCCUGUCUCUCAGAUGCUUCGUUUAAUUCUGACCUUCCCCGCCCCAUUUAGAGAGAACUGUGUAUCAGCUUCCAGAGACAAUCAUAGAGAUGCCUUGGGUUUCAGUCUAAUUAUGCAGGACGUGUCCCGCGGGCCCCCCACCCCGGCCCUUCCUUCUGCCCCCACCGCGCCCACCGCCAGGCUGGACAGAUUUCAAACUGAGGCUCCCGAAGUGCCCGAGGUGGGGACCCCCAUUCACACUUAGCCCUGCGGGGGGUGGGCACGUGCUGAACCCUUGCCUUCCACGCCCUUCGCACGGUCCGGGAAGAGUUAAGGCACCACCCAGCCGUCUCCUUGGGGGCGGGAUGCCUUGAGACCUUUGAAAAAUGCUGCCCCGAAGCCAAGAACACCACUAUUUCAGCAGCAGGCGCUGCCAUUUCAUCCUUCACCGCAGAUUUAUCUCGAGCACAUUCUGAAACAGCUUUGCAGGUCGCUUUUUCUUGUUUCUGUAAUGAGCAUAUGGUGGCCUCAUUCCUGUGAUAAAUCUGAGCCACCACAAUAUUUGACUUUUCACAAGUUAAUUUCUCUGAACCCUCUAUUCUCUGGCUAAAAGAUAGCCCUUCCUUAGACUCUGUUACUUUCUCAUCAGCAUUAGCAGGUGACUGUAUUUGUCCGCCAGGGCCACGGUAAUCAAGUACCGUAGACGGCGUGGCUCAGACAACAGAGACUGAUUGUCUCCGGAGGGUAGAAAUCUGAGAUCAAGGUGUUGGCUGCCUUGUUUCUUCUGACGCCUCCCUCCUUGGCUCACGGGUGGCCAUCUUUCCCUUGUGUCUUCCUUCUGUGUGGGUCUGUGUCCAGGUCUUCUCUUCUUAAAGGACACCAGCCAUAUUGAGUCAGGGUCCACCCUGGUGAUUACAUUUUUACCUUAAUUACCUCUUUAAAGAUUCUGUCUCUAAACACGGUCAUGUCCUGAGGAAUUGGGGUUAAGAUUUCAACAUAGGAAUGGGCGGGGGGGGAGGGGAGGACACAAUUUAGCCCAUCAUGCUCUCUUUAGAGAGCAUAUUAUUUUUCUCCCCAAUAAAGAAACAGGAGGUCUCACUUCAUGAGCAUGACUGUAAACAGGGAACCGAGGACAGAAGAACAGGUCAGAACGGGGCAGAAGAACACAGCGGGCCAAGGAGCAGGGACAAUGUCGGCCAGCCAUGUUUCUCAAACUUUAAUGGCCUGUGAGUCACGGAGGGACUUGUCAAAACGCAGAUUUGGAUCCGCUGAAUCCAGAGAGGGACCUGCGAUUCUGCAUUUCUCAACAAGCCCCCCGUGGAUGCCAACGCUGCUGGUCCGCGGCCCACACUUUGAGUAGCAAGGAAAUAGUCGCACCGCUGAACGUUUUUCAGACUCUUGACAUAGGGAAGUUAGGAGUUCCGUGAGGAAGCUUUGGGGUCCAUUUCAAAAAGAUAAAAUUUCUAACGUCGAGCCUGGGGAUGCCAAAUUCUGCUCUCUCUCUUGAUUAUGUCAAAAACCAUAAUGCUCAGCAGCACUGACGCACCUGUUUAGCUGAGUUGGCUGUUCUCGUUGAGCAGCCAUGAUUGCCAAAGGGUCCCCUCACUGGGUCGUUACUAACAGCCUUAACGAGCCAUUUGGCUGGACUUUCCAAACGCGCUAGCGCUACCCGGGUUGGAUCCGGCCACGGCGGUCACAAAAGGAUUGUUCAGAGGGAAGCCAGGGCAGCCGCUGUGCACAAUUAGGUGGUCACCUAUCACUGGGGAGCUGCCUCCUGACCCCAGCUGACGAUUUGCCUAAGCAGCGUAGGAUUUAGAGCCUUUGAGAGAAGAAUAUGAAUGCACUAAAACAUCUCUGCCCCACCUCCAUUCGCUUAAAAUAUAAGAGCCUGUCUUCCGCUGCUCGGGGUCCAGCUUUCAUUAGUGUGAACAUGGCUCAUUCCCAAGCAGCCUCAGGAGAAUAGAUUGAACCCUCGGAUCCUGAAACACCUUUUAGAUUCCAUCAGCCUCACUGGUUCGUGAAACCAGCCCCUGUCUCGGAGAGGCACUUCAGUCCUGGGCGAGACACAGCGGCCAGCACGGCUUCGCAGGCACUCCUGGAGCGGAGCGGCUGCAGAAAGGGUCGGAACGAGUCGCUGGGGUUCCUAAUCCCGGGUCAGAAUGCCUGACGACCGACCGACAGCACCCACUGCCUUCACGCCAUCAGGGUUCAGAAGGACACUGGGGGAACGCAGAGAAGCUGUAGAGCAGAGCCCUAACGAUGAUGGGGUUUGGGGUCUCGGCUCUCGUAGCUUGGUUCUGAAAUACGUUCAGUGAUUAACAGUAGCAGAGACCCUUCCGUUCUUCAUAGGAAGUCAAUGGAGCAUUCCUGAGUAAAAGGAACUAUAAUUGAAACCC